UUAAGUAUGCGUCUUCCCUUUAUUGUUCUUAUCCUGAUUUAUAUAUGCACUGGAGAGUUGCUGGAAGCCGUGUUUGAUGAGGAGCCAGUUCCACUCCCAGUACAUGUCUUUGAGGAAGUGGAUAUCAACGAUUUACCUAGAACUCUUAAGGCUCUCAAGAAGGCCUUAACGUAUAUUCAUGACAACAUUGAGGCGGUAAAUUUGGACGGCCUCAUAGGUCCACGAAUGGCGGAGAAACGCAUUGAAGGACUCCUCAAUCGCUACUGGACCUCCAUGCCCUUUACGCUAGUGAGAGAAAUGCGAUGGAUACAAAAGAUUGCCGCCGAAGUCGUUCAACAAGGGACAGAAUUCGUGAAAAUCAAAACACCGAAAUAUUUUUCAAACACGGGAUUCCUCACAGAACCAUACGUAUGGGACCUCUACUAUCCUCCACGUGGAAUCCGAUACCAACCAAAAUGUGCACCCAACCUUAAGAACCAUCGGUGGGGUGAACGCGAUUGUGACAACUGCAUGAAUGAAAUCUACUAUUCCAAGUAUCCUGGAUGUGGCAUAACAAGUCAGUGCUGGCUGAACGGCACACGAGUUGCAAUGUCCGGCUACAGUGUUGCUCAUCAGCUGAUCUAUCUACUGAUCGGCGCAUCUUCCGAGUGUGGGGGCUCUUUGGAAGAGCGGCUUCGUAGCGAAAAGCCUCCAGCUAGUUGGAGCAGGCUGAUGCAUACCAUGUGUGGCCGAAUGAAAGUAGAAACGGAAACGAUAGCGAACGCCGGAUUCCCUGACUCCUUUCGAGACUUGUUGAUGGAACAAAUUAGUGUUUGUGGAGCAGCCGGAUUUUUGGAGCUGAGCAAACCGGAAUGGCUGGACGUCAUCAUAAGCUGGCAGGCAAGCAAUGGUUGCUACCACAAAUUCAAAGAAGAAGUCAUUCCGCCAGAGAAUUUUGACCCCAAGCAAUAUGGCAAUUACCGGCGGCGAAAGAAAAGAUCUGAGAUCCCAAUGUCAGGCGGAGGUGAAGCUUGUUUAGCGCAUCGCACAUCAGUUGCCAUAGCAGCACUUACUUCAUACACAACCUUGUUCAUAGAAGCCGCAUACGGACUUGGUCGCACUUUGAUAUCUUGAACCUGUUCAACUGCUCUGCCUGUCAAUUAUAAAGCUUUCCAG